AUGGCCACCACCAGCAUUUCCCGGGCAGCCGGUCGAAGGGUUCGCAUGCAGCUGCAGGAGCUGUCGCCGCCAUUGCCACUACCGCUUUCUCGAAUACGAUUUGCAGCCACGUUCAGCACAACCUCGCGACCAUUCCUCCGAGCAUACAAGCCGGCGGCGAUCACAGCAGGCCAGAGACGUGCCCUUUCUAGUACCUCACGUAGGAAGUUUGCCACUGUAGAAGACCACCUCGAUCCCUUGAAGCAAGAGCGCGAAUCAGACGAAGUCGACGUCUGUAUUGUGGGUGGCGGGCCAGCGGGACUGAGUGCUGCCAUARAGCUCAAGCAGCUGGCCAACGAUGCCGGAAACGAGGACUUUCGUGUGCUUCUUCUGGAGAAGGCCGGCGAGCUGGGAGACCAUAUUGUCUCUGGCAAUGUGAUUGAGCCAUCGGCUUUGGACGAGCUCCUUCCCGACUGGCGGUCAGAGGACAACCCCAAUCGGUUUGAGAACAUGACGGCUGUCACCAAGGACAAGAUGCGGUUCCUCACAAAGACGAGCGCUAUCCCAUUACCUGCGCCACCGCAGAUGAACAACCAUGGCAAUUUCAUCAUUAGUUUGAACGAGUUGACCAAGUGGUUGGGCGAGAGGGCAGAGGAGAUUGGAGUGGAGAUAUAUCCAGGAUUUGCGGCUUCGGAAGUCUUGUAUACAAAUGAAGGAGCAGUCAGAGGUGUCGCCACCAACGAUCUGGGUAUUGCUCGGGACGGAACACCCAAGGACUCGUUUGAGCGUGGCAUGGAGUUUCAUGCAAGGUGCACGCUGCUCGCUGAGGGUUGCCACGGUAGCUUGACAAAGCAGGUGAUUAAAAAGUACGAUCUACGGAGGCAUAGUGCACCGCAGACGUAUGGACUUGGAAUCAAAGAGGUCUGGGAGAUUGAUCCUGCAAAGUUCGAGAAGGGUCUUGUUGCACACUCUAUGAGCUAUCCAUUACCAGCGGACACAUAUGGCGGAGGCUGGAUGUACCACUUCGGCGAGAACAUGGUCUCCAUCGGGCUUGUAGUCGGCCUGGACUACCCCAACCCAUGGAUGGCACCAUACCAAGAGUUCCAAAAGAUGAAGCACCACCCGUUCUACAAGCAGUAUCUUGAAGGUGGCAAAUGUAUCUCUUACGGAGCACGAACGCUAAACGAAGGAGGCUUCCAGAGCAUACCCAAAUGUGCCUUUCCAGGAGGAGCUCUCAUUGGUGAUACCGCUGGUUUCCUCAACGUCCCCAAGAUCAAAGGCACUCACACAGCUAUGCGAUCCGGUAUGCUCGCCGCCGAGGCAGCCUUCUCUGCUCUAACAGAAAGCACCGACGACAAAGGCGACAUCUUCCUGUUUGAUUAUGAAGACAAGCUCCGCAAGAGCAGCAUCUGGAAAGAGCUCAAACAAGUCCGCAACAUGCGUCCCAGCUUCCACACCGCUCUCGGUCUCUAUGGUGGAAUUCUUUACUCUGGUCUAGAAGCUUUCGUCUUCCGUGGAAAGAUGCCUUGGACCCUCAAACACGGCAAGCCUGACCACGCCGCCACGAAGACCGCAUACCAAUGCAAGAAGAUCGAGUACCCGAAGCCCGACAACAAGAUCUCCUUUGACAUUUUGACCUCCGUCUCCCGAACCGGUACCAACCACGAAGAGGACCAGCCUUGUCAUUUGCAGGUCAAGGACUGGGACAAUCAUGCCGAAGCUGCGUACCCAAAAUACAAGGGUAUUGAGAACCGCUUCUGUCCUGCGGGCGUGUACGAGUAUGUAGAAGAUGAGAGCAAGGACUUGGGCGUGAGAUUCCAGAUCAACUCGCAGAACUGCGUGCAUUGCAAGACUUGCGAUAUCAAGGUACCCGGGCAGGACAUCAAUUGGCAGACACCGCAGGGUGGAGAAGGUCCAAAGUAUGUCAUGACUUGA